AUGAGGUCCGACAUCACAUCUGGGGACCACCAAAUUCCCGCGGAGCUGGAAAAGGGUACAAAAGAAAGAGGGUACAUAGUGGAUUGGGUUUCGCAGGAGGAGGUGCUGGCCCACAAAUCGGUAGGUGGGUUUUUGACCCACAGUGGGUGGAACUCGACGCUUGAAAGCAUUGUGGCCGGGCUGCCCAUGAUCUGUUGGCCGAAUUUGGGGGACCAUUAUAUUAUUAGCAGAACUGUUUGCCGGCAGUGGAAGAUUGGUCUCCAAUUGAAUGAAAAUUGUGACCGGUCCAACAUUGAGGGCAUGGUUCAAACUUUGAUGGGACCCAAAAGGGAGGAGAUCCAGAGCUCCAUGGAUGCCAUUUCGAAAUUGGCUCGUGACAGUGUUGCCGAAGGUGGAUCUUCUCACAACAACUUGGAGCAGCUGAUCGAAUACAUUAGAAAUUUGCAACACCAGAACUAG